UAAUUGUUUUUAGUUUCAUUAGUUUUCUAUCAAUGCUUGGAUAAAGAACUCAUUUUUGUAACAAGAUAAUGUUAUUGUGAAACAAGAUCAGGAAAUGAGACCAGGUGAUAUUGGUUUAACACAUCCGUUCUGUGCCAAGAAUAAACUUAAGCAUGUAUUACGUAAGCAUUAGAUGUCUAAUUUAAAAUCUCUGGAUUGCAAUCACAUCAAUCAUUUAAUUUGGUGUGAUUGGGUAAAAUGGAUGUUGGAUAUCAGAACCAUAACCCAGUGGCUAAUGAAGGAAUUUAUGAAGAAGAAAUUUGCUACAGCCCAAAGCAAAGUUAUGAAGAAGUGGUAAUACCAAACAAAGUAAUGAAAGCAGAUGCUGGGGUGGAAAACAACGAUAAAAAAUUGUCGCAGAAGUUUUGGAAAAUCUUUGCUUGUAUUGGUUUUGUGUGGCUUAUUGCUUUGACAACUGUUGUGAUUCACUACAUUGCUAAUACCAAUGCAAGCAAGUCAGGAGAGUCUGCCUCAUCCACAAAAACAGCUACUUCAUGUUUGGAGUUGAAAAACUCAGGUUUCUCCAAUGAUGGCUACUACUCGAUACAGCCUGAAGGAACUGACACUCCAAUCAAGGUUUAUUGUGACAUGACAACUUCUGGGGGAGGUUGGACUUUAGUUGCAUCUGUUCAUGAGAAUGAUAUCAAUAAAGAAUGCACAGUUGAUGAUAUGUGGUUCAGUAAAAACCCGGCACCGGAUACACUAUUUUCAAGAUACUGGGAAAACACGAACAUAUUUGAAAAUGUAGAAGAUGCGACCUCAGCAGAUUAUAAAAACAUUGGUUAUUCUGCAAUGAAGGCAUCUAAUCUGAUGUUACGUCAUGUACCAAACAAAACACCUGUGGACCAAUCAAAAUCCCAGGCAAGCUUGCAAUACCACACAAGCAACAACUUCCUUGACAAGUAUGGUGGGAAUCUAUUCACAGCUUAUACAAAGCAUUAUCCAAUGACACCAAAUAUUACAACAGUUCCGUACCCACCCAAUGUUAACAAGUUGGUUGAUGCAAUAGCAGCUCUCUCUCCAAACUUGAUUUCAGGAAUCCCAGACUUUUACAAUUAUAAAUAUGGCACUGAAACUGAUCGUUUACAAAAUGGUGGGAAUGGUACUUUUACCAGUUAUGGAAUGAAGAUUCAUUUCAACCUUCAUUGUUCAUUUUCGGUUGUUUAUGAAACAGAAGGAAAAUGUUCAUUAAGUAAAAGCAUAGCAUUCAGCAGAAAAUCUCAUCCGUUUAUUGUUGUAUCAGCUCUUGAAAACCCAAAUUUAUAUUCCUCAGGAGGGUAUGCGAUACAAAGCUACAGAUCAUCCUCUGACCCAGUCAUGUUAUACAAUGAUAGGCUAAUAGAAGGCAACUUUGAGCUUCAAUACAGAGCUAGAUGCGUUUAUGGAAGAAAUGUUCCAAGUGUUUGUGAUGUUUGCUUCGUAGUUAAUAACACAAAGGAUUGGGCAUCAUCUACAACAUUUACUUUCUAUUCACAAGGAACUUGGCAAUCAACAUACCUUAUGCAGUUAAAUAACUACCCAAAAAGAAUAAUGUUUGGUUACACCAUGCUUUCAAGAACUGCUGGACGACUUGUGACAAAAGUUCAGAUUGAAUCAACUCUGAGGAAAAUGUUGCAGCCUUUUAAAAACUACACCUGGUCAGCCCCAUGUGCAACCAACCAUUUAGUAGUACCAGUGACAUACACAAUUGGUGAAUCUACUUUGAGCAACUUUGUUCCCACUCCUAUGCACUCAGCAACAACAACUGGAUUCUUACAGAUCCGUGCUGAAUCAUAUGCUGGAACUUACUAUGCUAUGUGCCCUGCUGUUAAACUAAAUAGUUGUGAUGGACGAUUUGUUUGCAUUGGCGGUGUGAAAGAUGGAAAUAGUAUAGAAACUGAUAACUGCAAUGACUUCACUGAUUGGAAUGGGGUAUUUAGCAACCCAUGGAGACACACCAAGGAGGGUUAUGCCCAUUCAACUAAAGACAUUAGAUCCACCAUCAUGAUUUUCUAUCGUUAAAGCGAUAAUCAAACUCACGUGUAGUCUUCUUAUACAUUAGAUAAACAUAUGAUGAAAUAUCUUCUAGUUAUUAUUGUAUCAUGUUACCCACUUUGUCCACUU